CUGUGAUCUGCUGUGUAGUCUCUCCCCUCCUUAUGUCAAAUCGGGUUCAGGAGGAAAGGAAUUCAGAGCACACCCUCUUUUACCAGCUCUUCGUGAGCGAGCGAGCAGUCUAUGGAACAACAGAGGGGUCGCGGUCGGAGCAGGAGGUGCAGCAGCAGUUCAGACGCCAUGCACCGAGACCCAUGCAAAGAAAGGGCUGCUUCGAAACUGGAAGGCAGAGAACCGCUCUUGCACGUGGCUGGAGGUCUGGCACUUUGUGUGGGAGUUGUGACUUCCAGGGUUUUCGAUGCCGUUCACACCGACGUUGGGUACAAGCACUAUGCGGAACCAACCGUGCCAGGGUUGCCUGCUGCUCUGGCUAUGCCUGCCAAUUGCUUAGUCAACUUGGCCUACAUACUCCUGGGCUGGUACUGGCUGCCUUCAGGUGGCAAACGCAGGCAGGCACACUACCUCCAAGAGGUCUUUGCCCUCAUGGCCCUCAUGUACGGGCCUGUGCAAUGGAUCCGGCUCUGGACGCAGCAUCAUUGGGCGGCUGUCUUGGAUCAGUGGUUGACAUUGCCCAUCUUUGCUUGGGCCGCCAUCUGGUGCCACUUCCUGCAGCACGGCUGGCAACCGGGGACCUUUCUGGCCAUGGAAGUAACUUCAUUGGCAAGCUAUGUUCUGGCAUUGCUCCACCCCCAAGGUUUUGAACUGGCAUUGGGUGGACAUAUAUUUGUCGUCGUUUGGAAAGCAUUGAAAGUACAGAGGCGCCUGGGCAGUGCCACUUCUGUCUGGAUCAUGGCACUGGGGAUGAUUUCUUGCCUGGGUUUUGUAAGCCUCAAGCUGUGGGACCAAGAACUGGCACAGUGGGCACCUUUCCGCCGCUUCACUGGCCACUUUUGGUCUAAGAUCUGUGAUGUGCUGCAGUUCCAUUUUGCCUUUCUCUUCUUUACCCGACUGAGCAGAUGCUAGCUCAAGUCUCAUUGAAUUAACCCCUAAUCUUCACAAACUUUAUCAUCAAGUCAAUGUAAUGGCAGGGGGAUUUCAGAUUUGAAAAUAAAUAAAUAAAAUGAAAAC